AUGGCUCGGUAUGGCCAAUCCAAACUUGCAAACAUUCUCCAUGCCAAAACCCUCCACAAGCAUUACGGCCCAGGGUCGCCAAGUUCAAGGUCCGGGCAGGGUGAGAUUUGGACGGCGGUUGUACACCCUGGCUUGGUCGAAAGCAACUUGGCGGUCGGAGCUGAGCUUCCCUCCUGGUUGAAAUUGCUUGUGCCGGUGUACAAGAGGAUCGGAGGGCUGAUGGACGCAGACAGUGGGUCAUGGACAAGCGUCUUCUGCGUCGGGAGUCCGACCAUGACAAAGGAACACAGCGGUGCUUAUUUUCAAAGGAUUGCAGACCCAGCUGGUUGGCAGAGUUGCUUGGCAAAAGAUGUCGGCCUCGCUGCCAAAUUGGAAGAUUGGACAAAGGAGGAGAUGAGGAGAGGCGGCUGGUGGGCUGGACCAGGCCCACUGGACGGUCAGGAGUGA